AUGGUCCAUGCAUGUCUCAAGGGCAAGCUGAUGAAGCUGUAUUCCCUUAGAAGUGUUCAGUAUAUGUAUUUUUUAGCAAAAACCAGUGGAGUUGUUGAACAGUCACCACUCUAUGCCAAUCCUUAGCAAGGCCAGUCUAUCAGCGUUACCUGUGCACUGAAAACCUCACAUGAAGAUGAAGGGACCUUCUUGCUCAAGACUCACAUGCAACCUGAGAGUGUGUUGUAUGUUUCAAGUCAGAAUGCUUCAACUACUUUUCCUGCUUUUGUUAAUCGCUUGGAGUAUUCAAAGCAAGAAAAGAAAAUAGCGAUAACUCUACACAACCUAUGGAAAAACCACAGUGAUAUAUAUGUAUGUGCUGGGGUGGUGAAAAAUUCCUCUUUCCUCUCAGUGAAUAGAAGUGGCACUAUGGUGCUGAUUAAAGCGUAUUUCCAGAAAAGAAAACCACAUGCAGUAUAUGAAGAUAUGUCUUGCUGUUUUAGACAUGACACCUUGAUCAGAACCAACGCUUACUCCAUUGGCGAUUAA